GUAACAAAGUUACAUAUCUUACUAAAAUUCCUUCUCAAAGUUUAAACUAUCGUUAAGAUACAUCUAAUAUCUAUGCUUUAAUAAGUAUUACCUGUUCACGGAUCCUGACAAUAUUCAUGUAUUUUAUCUACCAUAUGUAUUGCAAAAUCAAUUCAUCCUUGUUUCAAUCUAGUAUAUGUAUAAUGUAUAUUGAAUUCGAUCAACACAACAGAAACUGUUGAUAUCAUUUCAAUUUACAUACAUAGGGUUGAUUCAGGCCAGUUUUUCCUCUCAUUUCAAUUCGUCUCAUCUCAAUGCCAAGGUUGAUACAUACAUACAAGAAACUUUCUAUAUCUGAGGCCUUUAUCUAGUUGUAUGUUUAGGGUGCUGGGCGCUGGAUCUAGAUACAAAGGUCAGGAUCAGUAAGCGCCUGGAAAGUGGUGGAGGGAGGGUGGUUAGUAGCGCGCACAAAACCGUACCAGUCACAGUGCGCUAGUCAGUCGCACGCACCAAUCAGUGAAAGUAACUUAAACUAAAUUAAAGCUGAAAUAAGAACGGCCACCAUGUUGCUACGCUUCGUGGUGGUGGCCCUCCUGGUUGGAACUGUUAUAUCACAAGUAUCACGGUCCAGGAUAUCCAGACCUAGGCUCAGGGCAAGACCAGAUCAGGGAGAGUUAAAUGUAAACAGUAAAGAAACCAAGGAUUCCCAAGGGCAAGAUAUAGAGGAUACAAAUUCCCAAAAGGAAUCAAGGCAGCUUGACAGAACGAGAGAAAGAUCAAGAAUCCAAAGGCCAAGUAUACGUAGAAGGCCGGCUGAGAAUGAUGUAUUUCUUGUUGAGGCUGAAAGUGAGGAAGAAGAGGAUAUCAGGGGUUCCUUGUCUCAAAUUAGAGGUGGAUUUCAGGACGAGGACAUCGAAAGUCCUAGGUUUACACCGAGCAGAGGUGGUGGCAUCAACACAGACAGGAGUCCAGAUAGGUUCAGAUCCAGUUCUAGCACUAGAACAAAUGUCAUCAGUAGCUCCGAUAACAGGAAGGACUCCAAAUACAAACUUGUUUGUUACUACACAAACUGGUCUCAGUACCGACCCAAAAUAGGACAAUUUUUCCCCGAAGAUAUUGAUCCUUUCCUUUGUACUCAUCUAAUCUUUGCCUUCGGAUGGUUAAAGAACGGCAAACUUGCUUCAUUUGAGGAAAAUGAUGAAAAUGGAGGUGGAAAGGUUGGAUUGUAUGACCGAGUUAUAAAUUUGAAGACCAAGAAUCCCGAUCUAAAGGUUCUGCUCGCUAUUGGAGGUUGGUCGUUUGGCACAGCAAAGUUUAAAGAAGUUGCAAAAACAAGGUUUACCAGGCAAAUAUUUGUGUUCAGUGCUGUAAAGUUCUUAAGAGAGCAUAAUUUUGAUGGAUUGGAUAUGGAUUGGGAGUAUCCAAAGAGCUCUGACAAGGACAACUUCUCUGCCCUCCUCAAAGAACUGUCUGAAGCUUUUACAUACGAGGCUGAAGAGAGUGGUAAAGAACGACUUCUUCUGUCAGCAGCUGUUCCUGUUGGACCUGAUAAUGUUCGUGGAGGAUAUGAUGUUCCAGCAGUUUCUGAAGCUUUGGAUUUUGUAAAUCUCAUGGCUUAUGAUUUCCAUGGUAAGUGGGAAAGUCAAGCAGGACACAAUGCUCCACUUUAUGCACCAUCCUCGGAUUCUGAAUGGAGGAAGCAGCUUUCAGUAGAGUUUGCAGCAAAGAUGUGGACAAGGUUGGGAACACCUAAGGAGAAGCUAGUCAUAGGUAUGCCAACCUACGGGAGAUCUUUCUCUUUAACAGAUCCUGGAGUUUAUGCUGUAAACUCAGCAACUAAGGGGGGAGGAACAGCUGGAGAAUAUACCAGAGAAGCAGGAUUCUUAUCUUAUUAUGAAAUCUGUGAGAUGUUGCAUAAUGGAGCAAAUUAUAUCUGGGACGAUGAAAUGAAGGUUCCAUACCUGGUACAAGGAGAUCAGUGGGUUGGGUUUGAUGAUGAAAGAGCAAUCAGAAAUAAGAUGGACUGGGUAAAGGACAAUGGUUAUGCAGGCGCUAUGGUGUGGACCGUUGACAUGGAUGAUUUCAACGGAACAAUUUGUGGAAGCGGAGUGAAAUAUCCUUUGAUUGGUGCUAUGAGAGAAGAACUAUUUGGUAUUCCCAGAGAUACAGUAUCAAGGGAUAUCGAACCCUCAGAUAUUGACUGGGAAAAAUUAAAUCCUAAUCUGAUUUCAGCCCGUCCCAAACCUCCCCCUGCAGAGAGAAUUGAUGUUGAAGAAAUUCUCAACAAGAUAUCCAGACCAAAGAACCCUCUUCCUUUGUUAAACACUCCAGUCCUACCAGAGAACGUGAGAGAACCAGUGGUUUUCUGUUACUUUACCAACUGGAGUUAUAAACGACCUGGAAUGGGAAAAUUUACCCCCGAGGAUGUUGACCCCACACUUUGUACCCACAUUGUGUAUGCAUUUGCAACCAUCAAGGAUAACAAGUUGGCCAGCUCUGAGGAAAAUGAUGAAGGAGAGCUGGGAGGUUAUGAUAGAAUCUUGAAACUUCGGGAGAAGAAUCCAAGUUUAAAGAUACUUGUGGCAGUCGGAGGUUGGGCCUUUGGAUCAAAACCAUUCCAAUCUCUAACAGAAAAUAUAUUUAGAAUGAAUGGUUUUGUCUAUGACUCCAUUGAGUUUUUAAGGAAGCAUAAAUUUGAUGGCCUUGAUAUAGACUGGGAAUAUCCUAGGGGACCGGAUGAUAAAGCAAGCUUUGUAUCUCUAAUAAAAGAACUGAGAUUGGCUAUUGAAGGCGAGGCCAAGGGUUCUAAGGAACCAAAACUUCUUCUCACUGCUGCAGUUCCAGCCAGUUUUGAAGCUAUUGAGGCGGGGUAUGACGUCCCUGAGAUAUCUAAAUAUUUGGAUUUUAUUAAUGUUAUGACUUAUGAUUUCCACGGGCAGUGGGAGAAGGAGGUUGGACACAACAGUCCUCUAUAUCCGCUAAACUCAGCUACUGGAAUCAAGAAGAGAUUAACUGUAGAUUUCUCCGCUAAAGAGUGGGUUAGACAAGGUGCACCAAGUGAGAAGCUGAUUAUCGGUAUGCCAGUGUAUGGUAGAACCUUUACUCUGGAGGAUCCAACACAGUUUGAUAUUGGAGCACAGGCAACCAGUGGAGGUGAUCCGGGACGAUAUACUGGAGAAGCGGGGUUUCUUUCUUAUUAUGAAAUUUGUGAUUUUCUUCAUAAAGAUAACACAACCCUCGUCUGGGAUAACGAACAACAGGUUCCAUUUGCAUAUAGAGGACAACAAUGGGUUGGGUUUGACGAUGAAAGAUCACUGAAGACAAAAACCAGCUGGCUAAAGGAGGAAGGAUUCGGGGGAAUAAUGGUUUGGUCUGUAGAUUUAGACGAUUUCAGAGGAUAUUGUGGAACUGGAAAAUAUCCUUUGAUUAAAUCCAUGAAAAACGAGCUGAAAGAUUACUUAGUUCCCUUGGUGUAUGAGGGUCCCUAUGAGACCCCACGAGGUGGGGCUCGGGAUACUGUUGAUCCUGACGAGGUCAUUUGUGAGGAAGGAGAUGCUCAUGUUUCGUUUGCAAGGGAUAAGAAAGACUGUAGUAUGUACUAUGUCUGCCAGGGUUCUGUCAAACAUCAUAAACCUUGUCCUACUGGACUUGUUUUUAAUGAGAAUGACAAUGUUUGUGAUUGGCCUGAAAAUGUCUCUGAGUGCUCCAAACCAGCAUAAGUGAGAUAGAAAAAGUGUGAAUUAUCAGUAAGAAUCACAACAAUCUGAAAUUGAUCUUUAUUAUAAAAUGUUUUUUGUCUAUUUCUGAAUAUGGCACUUUUUUGAGAACAUUAUGUAUUAAUCCAAAGAUGAAUAUGUGGAGAAUAAUUAGCUCACUGUGCCAAGGUGAAGAACUAAUGUGUGAAACAUGAACAAAAAGUUAACAAGGCAACCAUGCAUUGGCUAGAAAAGAAGAAUAUUUCUUGUAAUAACCUUGAUCCUUCCCACAUUAGUCAUUUUUUCUUCUUCCUAGUAUAUUAAACUACCCCUGCUUAGGAUUAUAUUCUGCAUGGAAUAAAUUAUAGUGAAAAUUAAUCAAAAGAUAAAAAUUCUUUCAGAAUUAGUAUAUUUCUUUAAGCCUAAACCAAAUUUAAUUUGAUGGAAGGGGAAAGGAAUUGAGUCUUUGGAACAAAAUCAAAUUUUUAAACCACAAUAUC